GCAAAUGUUUGCACCCUUUGAGCCGCUCAAACAACCGCAGCUCUGUCAGAUUUGGUUGCCUGCAAGUCUAUGAACUGGGGAAAUCUUAGCAUGCAGUUGCCACUAAUCGGUCAGUCUGUCAAGCAGACCCUACUGUUGUUUUGAACGCUGUCACCGUCAGGAUUCUGCUUUUUAUCACUUUUGAGCGUCGUCCUGUCGAAAACAACGAUAAUAUUUUUGUUUAGCCUCCCAUCAUGCUCCAGCUGGGGUUGGUGCUCUGCUGCCUGACCUUUGCGGCCUCAAUCCCUGACCCCCGGCAGAGGGAGGCUCUCAUCCAGCUGGAGUCCUCCAUGCAGACAGGAGGGCAGAUGGUGCUGACCGACGCCGAGCAGGAGCUGGAUGCCCACUUCUUCAAAAUGAAGCAGGAGGAGAUGGCGAGGGCCGCAUUUCCUCCCGCCGUGCACUUUUUCCGAGCUAGAGACCUCAUCAGGAGGAGCCCCAUCUUCAGUCUGCUGCAGGAGAUGCCCAAAGGCGGCGCUCUUCACGUCCACGACUUCUCCAUGGUGGACGUGGAUUGGUUGGUGAUGAAUGCAACUUAUCGGCCGCACUGCUACAUGUGCUGCACCGACAACCAGUCCAUCCGCUUCAUCUUCUCGUCUCGGCGACCCAAACCUCUCCCGCGCUGCUCGCCAUGGACGCUGCUGGAAGAGCUCCGGGCCAAAAUGGUCAACUCCACAGACCUGGACAGCAGCAUCAAGCAAAACCUGACGCUCUUCACCGAGCAGGAUCCAGAGGAAGCAUAUCCCAGCCAGGACGUGGUGUGGGACCGCUUCGAGCAGACCUUCGCCGCCGUGUGGGGGCUGGUCACUUACGCUCCAGUCUUCAGGGACUAUUUCUACCAGGGCCUCACUCAGUUCUACCUGGACAACGUCAUGUAUCUGGAGCUGCGCGCCCUCCUCCCAGAGGUUUACGAGUUGGACGGCAGCGCCCACGACAGAGCCUGGACUCUGAAGACCUACCGGGACGUCACCGAACAGUUCAAAAACCAACACCCAGACUUUUUUGGAGCUAGAAUCAUCUUCACAGUCAACAGAGGAGUGAAUCUGUCGGUGAUGACUGAAGUCGUGGAGGAGGCCAUGAAGCUGCAGAGGAGCUUCCCUGAUACUCUGGCCGGGUUUGACCUGGUGGGCCGGGAGGACAGCGGCAGACCGCUGUGGUACUUCAGAGAGGCUCUGUCCCUGCCUGCAGAGCGGGGGAUCGAGCUGCCUUUCUUUUUCCAUGCUGGGGAGACAGAUCUUGAAGGCACCGAUGUGGAUCAGAACCUUUUGGACGCUCUGCUCUUGAACACAUCACGUAUCGGUCAUGGUUUCGCUCUGGUCCGUCACCCUGUAGCCAAGGAUCUGUCCAGGAAGAGGGGCGUGGCCGUGGAAGUGUGCCCCGUCUCCAACCAGGUGUUGAAGCUGGUGAAAGAUCUGCGAAACCAUCCGGCAGCAGCGCUGAUGUCAGAGAAUCACCCCGUGGUCAUCAGCUCUGAUGACCCCGCCCUGUUCGGCGCCUCUGGCCUCUCUUAUGACUUCUAUGAAGCUUUUGUGGGUUUAGGAGGAAUCAAGUCCAACAUCGCUUCACUGAAGCAGUUAGCGAUAAACUCUUUCAGGUAUAGUUCUUUAAAUCCAAAGCAGAAGAUUGAAGCUCUGGUUCUGUGGCAGAGAAGAUGGAAUAAGUUUGUCUCUGAACACGUUUAAUAACAAACAGACAUUUCUCUGUUUUCAGUGUUUCAGAAGGUUUGACUCUUUGCACUUACAUUAACAGAAUAAAGCGGCAGAACAAAUCCUCUUUUAUUAAGUGAAAGAUCUGCUGAGCUUCAGGAUCUGAUCUGACAGGAGAUCAGAGAGAUGUUGUGUUUGAAUACUUUUACAACACUUACAUGGAAAGGAUGUGAAGCAACAACGAACACGUUUUAGGAUCAAAACGUAUCAGAUCAAAAUGGAGAAAAAAGGGAAAAUGAUUUUUAAAAGACUAAAAUGAUAAAAACGUUCACAGCUUCCGUUAAAUAUUUUAACGUUUCUUUACAGAAUGAGUUUUUUUGGGGAUGUUGUCAUUAUCGGCAUCGUCUGUACUGGUAUAACUGUGUCAUAUAUAAAGAUUUGUGUCAGGGCUUCUAAAUUUUUUUUUUAAUUCUUUGUGGUGUUAAAUUGUGUAUUUUUCAUUUGUGCUUGCUGAUUUUUUUUAUUUUUUUGUGGGGUAAAUAAUAUAUUGAAGUUUUCUGCUGUUUUCCUGCGACAGGUUUGCACUAAAGCUUUAUUUUGUGAACACUUCUGGCUGUUUGAACAACUGUGACUGUGAUAAAGACAACUUUAGGUGGUAAUUUAAUAAAAAAACCUGAGCUUG